CAACAACAACAACAACAACGACGACAACGACAACUAUAUCUACCCAUCAUGAUGUUGUUGUUGAUAAUAAAAAUGUUGAUGAUAAUCAUCAUAAUAAUAAUGAUACAAUAAUGUCAUCGACUACAGCAACAGUAAUGGUUCCAACAUCAACAACAACGACGACAACGACAACAUUGUCAUCAACGACAAAGAAAAUGAUGACAAAAACAAGUCAUAAGAAUAAAUGGUCCGUAAAUAGUGAUGGAAAUCAUAAUCAAUUACCAUAUCGUUUAAAUUGUUCAAUGGAUUCAAUGAUAAUACAGGUGAAUCUUUCAUCAUUAUAUACUGAUGGCCAAAUGUCCAAUGACGAUGAUGAUGAACCAUAUGUUUAUCUGGAAAAACUUCGUUCAUUUUCAAUUUGUCGACCUAAAAUGGAAAAAUUUAUGGCAACAUUUGUAUUAUCAUUACAGGAUGAUUUUUAUCGUUGUGGUACAACAAAAAUUCAUGAUCAAAUUACCGGUACACGUAUAUAUUAUAAUCGAAUUGUUGUUGAAACAAAACAACAUAGAAAUAGCAUUAAUGGACAACAACAACAACAACAACGAUCAAUCUAUUUCAAAUGUUCACAGCCAAAUAUUGAUCGAUUACUUGGAUUUAAAGUUGAAACUAGUCCAUUAGAUGAUGAUGAUGAUGAUCUAAUUCUUAAUAAAACUGAACGAAUUAAACGUGAAACAACAUCUUCUUGGAUUGAAGAUUCAAGUGGUCGUUUGGUAAAUUUUACCGAAAUUGAUUUACCCGAAAAUUUUAUGGAAGCUGAAGUAUUGGAUUUUACCGAUAAUAUUACAGCUCGUGCACCAUAUCCACACCUGAAUCUUAAAGUUAAACGUAAUGGUAAAUUUGUUAAUCAAUCAUUAAAUGUUGCACCGGGUACACCAUUAGAAAUGAUUAUUUAUUUGGAUGAUGAAUCGAAACAUGUUUAUGGUUUAUUGGCUAGUUUUAUGAAAGUAACAGAUAAUACUAAUCGUCAACAAGAAGUAAUUGUAUUGAAUGGUUGUUCAAUUGAUCCAUAUAUUUUUGGUAAUUUUGAAUCAAAUGAUGGUGGUGAUUCAAUAUCGGCAAAAUUUCGUGCAUUUAAAUUUCCUGAAUCAAAUUAUGUUAUGUUUAUCGGUACGGUUAAUGUUUGUCUGGAUAAAUGUCAAGAAACACCUUGUGGUAAUGGAAUAUAUGCACUUGGUCGUCGUCGUCGUCGUCGAAAACGAUCAUUACCAAUGGAAAUGCCAAAAGAUCCAAAUAAAGUAUUUGAAAUUGAAAUGAUGGCCUAUUUACGUAUUGGUUAUAGUGAUGAAGAAUUAGCUAAACAUCGUAUUCGACAAUCAACAAUACAAGCUACAGGUAUUGUUGAUCAAACAAAAUCAAUGAUUACAGAAUCUGGAAAAAAUCCACCAAUAGUUGCCCAUUUAAUCGAUAAUAAACAAAAUGAAAAUAAUGAUGAUGCUCAAUACGAAUCAUUGACAAGUUCCUUCUCAUUAUCAUCAGCAUCAUCAAGUUUAAUAAUGAUAAAAUCAAUUUCUAAUUAUAGUAGCCAUUUAUUUUCAAUUAUUUUUCUGUUAACAUUCAGCAGGUAUAUUAUUUUCCAUUAUUAG